AUGCCUUCAGCCGCGCCUCGCAGGCUGUAUGAGGACCAAAUACCCUCAUUUAUGACUGUUUUGGACGUGGAAAACGGAAUUGUGGACGCCUCAAAUACCGUCACAGUUGUUGACCCCAAGCUGGUCAUGGAGGAUACAAAACUGCCACGAGACUCGGAGCCGGCCCUGCGGCCCGGCGUCUUGUCUUCAGAUUCCAUUCACAAGCACCACGACAGCACAUCCACCGCCGAAUCUGCAGAGUCUUCGCCAACCACCACCGUGUCUUGCACAGACUCUUCGGAUCUUUCUGACCCCUCACCAUCAUCCUCCCCUGAUUCUCCGAUUAAUCUUGUUCCUCUUCGGCCUUUUGCGCCUGCCUCUUUCGGUGGUCUCCAUGGAUUGGCCAACCUCACCAUCAACACCUCUGGCCGAACCUUGGAGCGGCCGAUGACAUCGCCAGUUCCCCGGCGGCCAAAAAACAUGAAGGGGCUUUCGAUCCAGCCACCAUCACUAUCUUCGACCGAAGUGUCUGAACCAUCUUCUCCCUCUUUCAUCAAACCCAAAAUUCCUACCACGAAGCGGAAGCCAAGUCAGCUCAGCCUCAAGACCAGCACCUCGGAUCUCAUUGCGCGCACAACACUCGAAGUUCCUAGCUCACCAUCAGUUUCGGUUGGUCCCAUUCUGCAGCGCCGCGCUCUGAAGCAUUCCACUUCGUCGCCACAUAUGCUCUCAGGCUUGAAGUCGGCCACAUUUGGUCCCGCAGGAGGCAUGACUAUUCCAACAGUGCUGGAGAGAAAUGAGACAGGAUUGUCUUCUUUCCUGCGACCACCCAAGCCUGCCGUGGCACCUGGCUUAGGAUCGACCAUCCAGGAAGAAGAUUCACCAAUACGAACACAAAUCGCCAACCGCGCCGCUUAUGAGUUUGAGCCAUUCCACGAGGUCGAAAAUAACGAGGAUCAGAAAACGCCCGGAUACCCCGACGGCCCAAUCGCCAUCUAUAGCGACAAUGUGUAUUUGUACCUCGAGCCCACUGCCGAGGAAGCGUCUCGCUUUGACGUGGUGAUCAAUGUCGCUCGUGAGGUUAUGAACCCGUUCAAGCCUUACGCUAGCAGAAAGGACUCUGCGGCUUCGGAUGGCCAAACAAUGUCUCCCGUGGAGCCAGAUACGGCGGUAACAAACUCGAGCUUUGCGACCGCCUUUGAGUAUUUCCCAGAGGGAAGCUCGGCUGACACGCCUACGACCCCCAAGGCCCAGUCUUUCAAGGAGCCAGAGUAUAUUCACAUUCCCUGGGAUCACAACACCGAUAUUGGCAAGGAUCUCAUGGGGCUCUGCGAAACAAUCGAAAGGCGGACAAAAGACGGCAAGAAGGUUUUGGUCCACUGCCAGCAGGGUGCCAGCAGAUCUGCCAGCUUGAUCAUUGCCUACGGGCUGUAUCAAAAUCCCGACCUGACCGUCAACGAUGCUUACUACGCGGCCCAGGCGAAGAGCAGGUGGAUCAGCCCCAAUAUGAGGCUGAUGUACUGCUUGCAAGAUUUCCAGAAAGAAGUCUCGUCGAGGAAGAGAUUGGCUGUCCCGAGUGCUGGCUUGAAGUCGCGAUCCGGGAGGAGCCCAAUGCACAGGGCGACGUUAUCCGCAGAUCACAUCGAGGCACCACCCAAGGAGCCUCUCACCGCACCACUACCAAGCGAAGACCCAGCCUCGAGAUCUGGAAGCCCUGAACGAAGCCCCAGCAGGGCAAGGGGCAACUCAACGCCAAACAGAGGUGAACCCAUUUCGCCUGGCCCAUCAUCCGCGCCUUCCAGCUUUUCCUGGACCGAAAAAGAGGACGAGUCGGAUCCUGGAAAGUUUGGCCGUUUUAAUAUCGAUUCGUUCCUCGUCCCUUCGCAGCCGGAUUCCGGGUUUGCUUCUUCGGACAGCUCAUUCGCGAGACCACCGCCAUCUCCAGGGUUUGUGCCUCCUACUAUCUCCAGAGAGCCACCCUCUCCUGGCUUUGGCGGUUCCUUUACCUUGAGCAAGCCACCACCAUCACCAGGUUUUGGGUCGUUCUCUCUGUCAAGACCACCGCCAUCACCCGGCUUUGGCUCAUUUGCCGAGCCGCCAAAAUCCCCCGGCUUUGCGCCUCCCAGCUUUGCAUCUCUUACCAUCUCAAAGCCUCCAGCAUCGCAAAACUUGGCACCGCUCGAUCUUUCGAGACCUCCCAUGUCUCCAGGAUUCCCACCACCAGACCCCUUUGCCAGGCCGCCAGCUUCACCAGGCUUUGGCGCGCAUAGAUUUGGGGCCUCAGACGGCACCUUUGGAUUUGCGCCGAUGACCUUUGCUCCGCCGCCGUCACAGCCGGAGAAGAAAAAGUCUGAAAACAAUUUCAAGCUCGCCCCGAUGACAUUUGCGCCGCCUCCCAAGACGGUGGACAGGAAGAAGUCGGAAGCUACUCUUGCACCGAUCAAUCUCACCCCGCCGCCCAAGAAGCUGGAAAAGAAGUCAUCACAAAUCAGCCUCGCACCGUUGAAGCUGUCGCCAGCACCGAAAACCCUCGAGAAGAAGAGGUCUAUGGGCACGUUUGGCUUCGCGCCUCUGAAUAUCGCUCCUGUUGUGCCGCCGCCUGUUCCGCCCAGGGACAAUAUUCUUGCCAUGCGAGGCUUUCCACCGAAUGCUAGCGACCCAACCCUCUCGCCUAGGGCCGAGGUGAUGACGAAUAACCCUCUUCAUCAGGCUCUUGCCGUGGCAGCGGCGCAGUUUGCGGAGGUGGUUCAAGCUCCUCCUACCCCCGCCGACGAGGCACUGGGGCUUUUUUCGCCGAGGGAGACGAUGUUUCCACGGGAUCCGUUUUUUCCUUUUGGGAGGCCGAUGCAAAAUGAGGAUCCCAGGAGUCCGCCGACGUUGGGGGAGACGCCUAUUGUGAGGAGUAUCGACGAGAUGAUUUGA